GGGUGUAGGGGUGCGGCGGGGGCGGCGGCGCGGGGCGGGGGAGGGCGCCCGCUGCCCUCAGUGUCGCGGAGGCUGCGGCCGGUUGCGUCGUCCGCCCUGCGCCUCGUUACUGCCCUGCCAAAACAUUGCCUAAACCAUACUAAUUAAUCAAAACCUGAAUUGUUUUCACAUUUAACACACGAAAUUGAAUAAACAUAGACUCUUUGAAACAUAUUUCAUAAUAGAGUUGUCAAAACCUCGGAUUCGAAUGCUAGAAGUUGUAAUUAUUUUGAUUUUGUGCUAACGCUAGAUGAGAUAAAGCUGUUUAUCUUUCUUGUGAAUUAGUUGUGUAAGCGUUUCCUUUUUUCCUUAAUGAUAUUAUUAUCAUUUGUCCGUCACCUUGAAGACUACGCUAUCUACGAAUGCUGUGUUUGUGCCAAAUAAAAUCAUAUAUAAGAUAUUAUACUCUAUUAACGAAUUUAAUAUACUAAGAAAGUAUGACACAGAGCACCAUGCACGUCCAGAAAAUGAGCUCAGUUUCUUUGUUUAUGGCAGUAGUGCUAAUCCUGUCAUUAGCCGGCGCCUGUUAUUGCGAGCUGGCUUUAUCUUCUAAAGAAGAGAUUAAAACUGUAUCAAGUACUCAAGCCUCUCCGACUUCACUACUUAAAAAGCUUAACGUAAAACCAUCAGAGACUGCAGUGGUCUCAACGACUACAACUUCAACUACAAAGAAAGGCUUUAAAACAACAAAAGCAUACGCGGUGACGGAGAGCCCCGCUACCGCGCGCCAUUCAACUAUUAAAGUGUACACAAGCACAAAGGGGCUUGUGAAAAGUGCAAGAAGGCAAAAGUUAAACACUAGUUCUAGUGCCCUCGCCGCGGCGCAUUCACCAGCGCGCCUUCAAGAGCGGCUGGGGGCCAUAGAUUGUGAUCUGCCCGUGCUGCCGCGAGAGUCGCGGCUGUGGCGCGGCAACGAGACGCAUGAGCUCAACCUGCCGGUCACUAUGACGGAGGAGUGCGCGGGCAGCGGCGGCGGGGGCAGCGCGCCGGGGGCGCCCGAGGAGGAGUGCCCCCCGGUCAUCGUGUCGUGGGAGGGCUCCGCCGACAUUCAGAGCGGGGACAUCCUUAUCGUCCGCAUCGCGGACUCCUUACUACUCGACACCUUUGGCCAGCUCGAACUAAAGAACUCCACUCCUGAGGCCAAUGUUUCACACGCCGAUGGGGAAAGGGCACACCGCACAGUAUUGCAGCCAGCUGUGUACCAGGUCACGCGGCAAGGGCACGAGCACUGCGACGUCUCUGACGGCAUGUUACUGGACAUCACCCCGCUUGACGAACACGGCGCUAAGCUUUUCACCUUGUAUGAUAAAGAUCUUACAGAAGGCGUUAAUUUACUCAUAGUGGUAUCUGAAAACUGGAAAUCUCAAUGUGUGCGACUAAAAGUAACUGUAAAAUCUGACAACUGCGGCGAGUCACAAGACUGUUCGGGAAAGGGUGUGUGUUAUACAAACGUAUCAAUGGAAGGGUACGAGUGUCAGUGUUGCCCCGGCUACGUGGGCCCGCACUGCGAGGAGCGCGACGCGUGCAAUCCAUCACCGUGCCUGAACAACGGCAUAUGUGUGGACCUCACGCAACCUCUCAACGGCGCUACCUACCGCUGUCUUUGCCCCUACGGUUUUACGGGUAGAAAAUGUGAGAGGGACCCGUGCUACUCAUCGCCAUGUAUGAACGGCGGCUCCUGUAUGAGUAUGGCAAUGAACGGCUCGACAACUUUCCACUGCGCAUGCGCGGACGGCUGGACGGGCGCGCACUGCGAGCUUUCUAUAACCGGCGGCGCUUGCGCAUCUAAUCCUUGCGUAAAGGGUAUUUGCAUCGAACAGACUGAUAACGACGCGGAAGGACAAGAUUACCGCUGCUUCUGUCAACCUGGGUACACGGGCGAGCGUUGCGAGUUGGAAUACAACGAGUGCGAGUCGUCGCCGUGUGCGAACGGCGGCACCUGCACAGACCGCGUCGGCGGCUUCGCGUGCUCGUGCGGGCGCGGCUACACCGGCAACACGUGCCAGCUCAAGGUGGACUUAUGUUCUCCGAACCCGUGUUCCCAACGGCUGUGUGUGGACCACGGCAACACGUACUCGUGCGAGUGCCCACAAGGCUUUGUCGGGGAGAUGUGCCACAUACCGGCCAGAUCUGCUUGUGACAACAACCCCUGCGCUCACGGCGGCACUUGUUGGAGUGGCAUUGACUUCUACUGCUCCUGCAGACCAGGCUACACGGGAAAACUUUGCGAAGAGGACUUCAUCCUGGAGUCAGUGGUGGGUAGCGACACUGGCAUGGAUGACGUCCCGCGCGGGCGCGGGCGGGAGGAGGGGCUCGGCGGCGGCUCGGUGCGCGAGGUCCGCAUGCCGCUCGGCUUGUACCACGACCGCCUGCACAACGUCUACAUCGCUGCGGGCACACUCGGAGCUGCCAUCACUAUCGUUGGAGUCGUGGUGACGGCGUGCCACUGCCGCGUGAACAAGACGUACUCGCGGCUGCUGUCGCGGCUGUCGCGCGCGGCGGCGCCGGGCCCCCCGCAGCACUGGCUGCACGACAAGCGCGCGCCCUUCGCGGCCGCGCCCGCGCCCGCCGCCGCGCUCGACACCGCCGACAUGUACUACACGCUCGACUUCAGCGACAGCCAGAGCUCGCCCCUCAUCCAAUAGCAAUCAUUUCAGAACUGCUCCGACGGGGAACGGUUCCAGAUACAAAUAUAAAAACAGGUAACCUACACCGCUAAACGCUUCGACUACCUACAGAUCACAUGUAACUAGUACCGGGUCACGAGUGUGUUAGAACCCCUUUGGACGAUUAUGAAAUGCAUCGCAUUAAUGUGCCAUUAUAGAAAGUAAAUAAUUUUAAUUUUUAUCUUCUUUUGGAAUGUGAAAGUAUUGUUAGCAAUUAUAAUUAUCAAUCAAUUUAAAUACACAAAGUUUUCUGCUAAAGUAUAAUAAUCGCGUGGGAGUUGGAAAAACUAUCAAUAAUGUUUAGCUAUUAAAUUGUGGCCUCGUGAGUCAAAUAUACGAACGUAUAAUUUAUUAUUAUAGCCAUAGUAAAUUAUCUAGUGUCCCGCUGUUAGUAGACCAUUACAAGAUUAAAUAUUUUCCGUGUUUUUAAUAAUCAUGUGUCAUGUAUUAUAAACUA